AAACUCCAAUGGUUAAAAAAGCGAUGAAAGAAAAUCCUAAUUUUGCAGAAGUCAUUAAGCGACAUGGUACACUCUCUAUUAACGAAGUUGUAAAUGCGUUCAUCCACGUUAUUGAAAACGAUUAUCUCUAUGCAGAUGUUGUUAAAGUUACACAAACAAAUCUUCUCGAAGUUUUGCCAAAGAUGAAAUU